AGAUGGCGAAUGCCAAAGCAUUGUGCUGAAGGAAAAAAGGGAUUUAUUUUACAUUAUUCCUGGUUAAUUCGCCAUUUUAUACUAUCAAUCUAAGCAAAACAUAAACAUCUACCAUUUGGAAUGUCAUGUAGUUAAAAAUUGGACCUUCCUGACAACUUAUUUUGAAGAAUCGUAUCAAAAUCAUGGAGGUUCAUACGAAUGGUACAAAAUCAAAGGGUAGAAACCCACAUGUACCUGUACGAUUCUUGCCUCAAUUACCAGAGAAAAGAGGCAAACCAGCCUGGCAGCAGUCACCUCCAUCAUUCCAGCUAACUAAAAAACAAGGUCUUGAUGGGGAUGAUGGAGAUUUUAUUCCAGGAAAGAAGCCCAAACAGCAUUUACGCAGCAAAACCUGGGAGGGUUCAAAUGGAUCACCAUCUUCACCCACACCUCCUGGUGGAACCAAAAAGCAAACUUCAACUUAUGCACCUAAGAAGGACAGAGAGGCAUUCCGUAGUGCACUGGUUAAUAUUAUCAUGCAAGAUGAUGGAGUUUCUACCCCUAGACCAUCCUCUGCAGGCACUGAACUGCCUCCUAUUGAAAGAAAAGGAUCUCCAACUGCAGCAGAGAAAGACAUCUUGCGUUACUAUUAUUACAUUCACAAUGGAAUUGACACUGAACAUGUUGCACCAAUGGAGGAUUCAUGGUUGGAUCAUGUUUUAGGCCUUGUGCCUAAUGCACUCAAAGAUGGCUAUGAGAUAUGUAUAGAGAACCUUUCAGAUGAGAUGAAGGAGGAUUACUUACUAAGUGUCAAAAAAGCAAUUGUGGACUUUGUUCUCAAAGAUCCUCGAGAGAAAGAUGACGACAAAAAAGAAGAAGUUUUGGAGCAUCGAUUAGAAUUGAUGCAAGUGCCUAAGCCAUGGUUCAGAUCUUAUCUAAGUUCAAAGGGUGCAAUGGAACAAGACUUGUUUGUUACAAAUCCAACUAUGGCAGGUGUACUGGACCUUUGGCAUAAAGCUUUCAAAUCACUAAGACUUGUUGAUGUCAAUGACAUUCAAUUGAGACCUGAAGCUUUAGAGCUAGCAAUGUUCCAGAAUGUUGUCAUGAGACAUAUUGAGAUUGCAAAAGAAUCACUCCUGAAAAAAUGGUUCCCAGAGGUUCAAAAUAUCUAUUAUCAAGGUAACAAGCGUAAGCAAGUCCCCAGUAAUCAGAAUGCUAAGAGACUAGAAGCAUUCUUCAAUGCUGCUGCUGUUUUGAUGACCAAUCAACUACAAACACUAGCUCUGAGCUCUAUUGAAGAUUACACUAGGUUAUUCUGCCCUCCUGAGCAUUCAACAAGGGUAUUAGAACAUCCAGGAUUCAUCAUGAGACUUGUUCUGGAAGGUGAUACUGUCAAGUUUGAACCUGAUUUUAAAGAUUUUGAGGUUGUGUUGCUCAAUGUGUACAAUGUUAUGAUUAAAGCAGUAAUGGUUGUACCAAGAGUUGAAACCAAACUCUACUCUGAAUGGUCUGGAACAAAGAAAACCUUAAAACCUGUUAUCUCAGAAGAAAUAGUUAAUGAUGCCAAAGCUAAAGUGUGUGAGGUAAUAGCAAGAGAGAUGGCAGGACCAAAAGAACACCUCAAGUUUUAUGACAAGUAUAAAGAUCUCAUAUCAAAGAAGGCUGAUGCAGAUGUUGACCAGUUUCUUCUAGAGGGCCACAAAUUUAAUCGAUUUGCAAAGGAAGUUGAAAAAUUUGUAAAUCUUGUCGAUGACAUCAAUUACAAUUCUAGAAAGGUCAUACGUGUUGGUAUGUUUGAGCUUCACUGUGAUGAACUAAUCAGGGCACUUGCCAAGAGAGCAGAUGGAUUACGAACAAAACUUUUGCAAAGAAUGAGCAUUGAGCACCAGACGUUGAAUAAAAAACUUUGUGAAGARUAUGARAAAAUAGCWGAAAAGGCACUCACRUCACCAGCAAACACAGAACACUUAAUGGAAUUGAAGAACUACAUUGAACAAGUGGAAAACGAGACUAUAUUUGAUCUUGAAAAGAGACUUGUUGAAACCAAAAACAGACUUGGAUUUCUGGUUGAUUAUGCAUCAUUUUCACCUGCUGACAUGAGACUCAACAACAGCGUAUUUCARUGGCACUUCCGUAUGCCAGAAGUAUUUGAGGAACACAAAAAGAUCAUCAACGCAAAUCGUAUUCAGUAUGAGAAYAGCCUAAAGAUGCGAAGAGAACGGUUUGCUGAAGAACUUGAGAGUUACUCUAAACAACUAGAGGAAUUCCAGACCUUUGGUGACAUGCCUGAGGUCCCACGAUACCUCAAAAAGGCACAAGCUUUGAAUCAGCGCCUGGAAAGUGCUGCAGACAAGAUUAAUAUGUUCAACAUUGAAGAGGAGGCAUUUGGUUGGGAUGUGACAUCAUAUCCACAACGACAACAGCUCAUCAAUACUUUGAGUCCWUUCUUGAAGCUUUAUGAAACAACAGUUGAAUUCCAGACAAAAUACAAGGAAUGGAUGGAAGGACCAUGGGGUACCAUUGAUCCUGAUAAAGUMGAAGUUGAAGUAGGUAACUACUGGAGAGGUCUUUACAAACUUGAGAAACAGUUGAAUGACUCAGCUCUGGCACAGAAGAUUGCAAUAAAGAUGAAAUCCAAAGUGGAGGAAUUUAAGGAAUACAUGCCGCUAGUCCAGGUUGUAUUUAAUCCUGGUCUACGUGAUCGYCACUGGGACCAGAUGUCAGAAAUUCUUGGAUUCCCUCUCAAACCUGAUGAAGACAUGAAUCUCGCAAAGAUGACUGAGAUGAAUUUGGAACCAUAUUUGAAGAACUUUGAAUCAAUCAGUGAAGCUGCAAGCAAGGAAUUCUCCUUGGAAAAAGCAAUGGAAAAGAUGGUUUCUGAAUGGGACGCUGUUGAAUUUGUCAUGAUACCAUAUCGUGAGACUGGGACGUGCAUCUUAUCGUCCAUUGAUGAUAUACAAACACUGCUCGAUGAUCAGAUCGUSAAGACACAAACAAUGAGAGGAUCUCCUUUCAUCAAACCUUUUGAAAAUGAAAUCAGGGAAUGGGAAGGAAAGCUGCUUUUAACGCAAGAGAUCAUUGAUGAAUGGCUAAAGGUACAAGCGACGUGGUUGUAUUUGGAGCCUAUCUUUAGCAGUCCUGAUAUCAUGGCACAAAUGCCUGAAGAAGGAAGACGAUUCAGUACUGUUGACAAAUACUGGAGAGAAAUCAUGAAAGUUGCUAUUCUGGACAAGCAUGUCUUGACGGUUAUUGGUAUUGAAAAACUUCUUGAAAGAUUGAAGAAAUCCAACGAGCUCUUGGAGCUUAUCUUGAAGGGCCUGAACGAGUAUCUGGAGAAGAAACGUCUUUACUUCCCAAGGUUUUUCUUCUUAUCCAAUGACGAAUUGCUUGAAAUCCUUUCAGAGACCAAGGAUCCAACAAGGGUUCAACCUCACCUCAAGAAGUGCUUUGAAGGCAUCGCCAAGUUAGAAUUCACAGACACUUUGGACAUUACACAUCUUAAGAGUUCUGAAGGAGAAGUUGUUGAGCUUAGAGAUGUGAUUUCUACAGCCAAAGCUCGUGGCCAGGUCGAGAAAUGGCUUCUUGAGCUUCAGGAAGAUAUGGUUGCUAGUUUAAGAAAGGUGAUCAUGGAAGCUAAGGAAGCUUAUCCUAAAGACGAGAGAGUCAAGUGGGUACGUGCGUGGCCUGGACAGACAGUUCUAUGUGUAACACAGUUUUACUGGACUUAUGAAAUACACCAGUCUAUUCGAGCAGGACAGAAGAAACUGGAAGAAUACCUUUCYUUGAAUAACAGUCAAAUCGAUGAUAUUGUGGCAUUAGUCCGUGGCAAGCUGUCAAAACAAAACCGUGCAACAUUAGGUGCAUUAGUCGUGCUUGAUGUUCAUGCCAGAGAUGUGCUUGCCAAGCUAUGUGAAAUGAAAAUAACAUCUGAAGAUGAUUUUGAAUGGCUGGCACAGCUUCGAUACUAUUGGGAGGAUGAAAAUAUGAUCACAAGGAUGAUCAGUGCUCAGUUGCCUUAUGGRUAUGAGUACCUUGGUAACUCUGGUAGAUUGGUCAUCACACCCCUGACUGAUAGAUGUUAUAGAACCCUUUUUGGUGCAUUGCAAUUACAUCUUGGGGGUGCCCCUGAAGGUCCUGCAGGAACAGGUAAAACAGAGACCACCAAGGACUUGGCCAAAGCCGUUGCUAAGCAAUGUGUUGUCUUUAAUUGUUCUGACGGUCUGGAUUACAUCGCUUUGGGUAAAUUUUUCAAGGGCUUGGCAUCAUGUGGUGCGUGGUCGUGUUUCGAUGAGUUCAACCGUAUUGAUYUAGAGGUGUUGUCAGUAGUGGCACAACAGAUUCUUACCAUUCAAAUGGGUAUUAGAAGUGGUGGCGAUACACUUCUCUUUGAAGGGACRGAAAUUAAACUAGACCCCAGUUGUGCUGUGUUUAUUACCAUGAAUCCUGGUUAUGCUGGUCGAUCAGAACUACCAGAYAAUCUCAAGGCCCUCUUCCGUACUGUAGCYAUGAUGGUACCGGAUUAUGCCUUGAUUGCUGAAAUCUCACUUUACUCAUUUGGUUUCAUCAAUGCACGACCSCUUGCCGUAAAGAUUGUCACUACCUACACUCUSUGUUCUGAGCAACUGUCGUCACAAGCUCAUUAUGAUUACGGUAUGAGAGCUGUCAAGUCUGUCCUGACUGCUGCUGGCAACCUGAAGCUGAAAUACCCUGAAGAGAACGAGGAUAUUUUAAUGUUGMGGUCCAUUAAUGAUGUUAAUUUACCCAAAUUCUUGGCUCAUGAUUUACCCUUAUUUGAGGGUAUCACAUCUGACUUGUUCCCUGGUGUAACAUUACCAAAACCAGACUACACUAUCCUGACGGCUGCCAUUGAGGAGAACUGCAAGUCCAUGAACCUACAGAUGACUGAUCAGUUCCUUACGAAGAUCCUUCAGAUUUAUGAAAUGAUGAUUGUUCGUCACGGAUUUAUGAUUGUUGGUGAGCCUUUUGGAGGGAAAACGUGUGGCUACAGAGUCUUGGCGCGYGCACUUACUGACGUCACAGAGAAGGGUUUAAUGGAUGAAAACAAAGUACAAAUCGUGGUUAUCAAUCCCAAGUCUAUCACUAUGGGUCAGUUAUAUGGACAGUUUGAUCCAGUAUCUCAUGAAUGGUCUGAUGGAGUCUUGGCCGUCAACUACAGAGCAUUUGCUUCAUCUACAACACCCGAUCGUAAAUGGUUGAUUUUUGAUGGACCUGUUGAUGCGGUGUGGAUUGAAAACAUGAACACUGUGUUAGAUGACAACAAAAAGCUUUGUCUAAACAGUGGAGAAAUCAUUCAACUGGCCAACACUACAAACUUGAUUUUUGAGCCRAUGGAYUUAGAAGUAGCCUCUCCAGCUACAGUAAGUCGGUGUGGUAUGAUCUACAUGGAACCUCAUAUGCUAGGAUGGAAGCCAGUGUUAACGUCAUGGUUAAACACGUURCCAAAAACUCUCAACGAUGAAAAYAAGGAGCUCAUUAAAGAUCUUUUUGAUCGCAUGGAGGAGGCUUUGUUGCAGUUUGUACGAAAAGGAGGUUACAAGGAAUUCUCACCAACCAACGACACCAAUCUUGUAAACUCACACAUGAAYCUAAUGGAUUCUCUUAUGGACGAAUUCCAUGAUGAACAGAGAUUCAAAGARCUCAAUGAGCGAGAGGUUGCAGCGUGGCUUGAGUGUAUAUUCCUAUUCUCGUGUGUUUGGUCGAUUGGUGCUACWAUCGAUCUUUCUGGAAGGAAGUGUUUUGAUAAAGUGUUACGUGAGAUUAUUGAGGGUCCUUUAUCACUGGAGACCAAGAGUAAAUAUCACAUCUUAGAGAUUGUAGAUCCACCGCCAAGACCAUUCCUAUGCCCUUUUCCCAGCAAAGGAACUGUGUAUGACUACAGAUUCAUCAAAGAGGGAAUGGGUAAAUGGGAACUAUGGACAGAAGAAAUYAAGGAUGCACCUCCCAUUCCUAAGGAAAUGGCGUUCAAUGAGAUAAUCAUUCCUACUGUUGACACUGUUCGUUACACUUACCUCAUGGAACAGUUAGUAACUCAUUCUAAACCAUGUUUGUUUAUUGGGCCUACUGGAACAGGAAARUCAGUCUAUAUCACAAAUUUCUUGCUGAAGAUGCUUCCAGAAAAAUACAAACCUCUGCUUAUCAACUUCUCGGCUCAAACAACAGCUAAGCAAACUCAGGACAUCAUCAUGUCCAAGCUGGACAAACGUAGGAAAGGUGUUUAUGGUCCGCCACUUGGCAAAAAGACUGUUGUGUUUGUUGACGAUCUCAACAUGCCUGCCCGUGAAGUGUAUGGUGCUCAGCCUCCAAUUGAGUUGCUUAGACAAUGGAUGGACCAUUGGCAAUGGUAUGAUCUCAAGGAUACGUCACCAAUUCAUCUUGUUGACAUACAAAUCAUCGCUGCUAUGGGUCCACCAGGAGGUGGGCGUAACCCUAUUACACCACGAUUCUUACGACACUUUAAYAAUAUCAGUGUAACAAAGUUUGAUGAUGUAACGAUGACGAAGAUAUUCAGUAGGAUCAUGGAAUGGCAUCUGACUACAAGAGGGUUUUCUAAAGAUUUCGGUCCUGUUGGUGACAUGGUGGUUAACGGGACUCUUGAAGUAUACAGACGAGCCAUGGAGAACCUUUUGCCAACACCAGCCAAAUCACACUACYUGUUCAAUCUUAGAGACUUUGCAAGAGUUAUCCAGGGUACACUCCUGUCUUCACCAGAGAGUAUUGUAGAACACAAUCAAUUAAAGCGACUCUGGGCUCAUGAGGUAUUCCGUGUAUUCUACGAUCGUUUAGUUGAUGACGAUGAUCGUAGCUGGCUGUAUAGCACUACUCGUGAAUUAUGCAAGAGCCAUAUGGGGAUCGAGUUUGAUACUCUGUUUGCCAGGCUUGAUUCUAAUAACGAUGGUAAAGUGGAAGAGGAUGACAUGCGUAGUUUAAUGUACUGUGACUUUACUGAUCCAAAAGCCGACCCGAGGCAUUAYGUYGAGGUAGAAGACUUGGAUAAACUUCGUGGUGUGGUUGAAUCUUACUUGGAUGAGUUCAACUUGAUGAGCAAGAAGCCUAUGAAUUUAGUGCUUUUCAGGUUUGCCAUUGAGCAUGUAUCACGUAUAUCUCGUGUUAUCAAGCAACCACGUGGUCAUUGUCUGUUAGUUGGUGUUGGUGGUAGUGGUCGACAGAGUUUGACAAGAUUGGCUGCACACAUGUCUGAUUACGAUCUUUGCCAGGUUGAGAUCGGCAAGGGAUAUACAUCAACUGAAUGGCGUGAGGAUCUCAAAGCAAUCCUSCGUAARACUGCCGAAGGGGAGGUCAAUGGUGUCUUUUUGUUUACUGACAGYCAAAUCAARGAGGAGUCCUUUUUAGAGGACGUUAAUAAUUUACUCAAUGCUGGCGAGGUCCCAAACUUGUUUGCACUUGAUGAGAAACAAGAAAUCUGUGAAAAAAUGAGAGUGUGGGACAGACAACGUGAUAAGGCCAAGCAGACAGAUGGUUCACCUGUGGCGUURUUUAACUAUUUUAUCGAGAGAGUUCGUAACCAGCUCCACAUUGUGUUAGCAAUGAGUCCUAUUGGAGAUGCAUUUAGGAAUAGACUCAGAAAAUUCCCAUCACUUGUCAACUGCUGUACUAUUGACUGGUUCCAGUCCUGGCCUGCUGACGCCCUGCAAGUCGUAGCACAGCGAUUUCUUGAGGACAUUGAYAUUGCACCAGAACUCAAGACAGGAUGUGUMGAAAUGUGUCAGCGAUUUCACACUGGCACAAGGGAGCUGUCAUUAAAAUAUCUCAACGAACUCAAGCGYCAUAAUUACGUCACUCCUACGUCAUAUUUGGAACUUAUCAGCACUUUUAAAACAUUGCUGAACAAAAAACAAGUUGAAGUGGUUAAAGCUAAGCGUCGAUAUGAAGUAGGUCUUGAGAAGCUCGACUCAGCCCAAUCUCAGGUUUCAGGCAUGCAGGCCGAACUCGAAGCCCUUCAGCCACAGCUUAUCCAAGCUGGUAAAGAAGUGGACGACAUCAUGGUCAUUAUCGAGAGAGAUUCUAUUGAAGUAGCAAAAACCGAGAAGAUUGUUAAAGCAGACGAAGCGGUAGCCAACGAGCAGGCCAUGGCAGCAAAGGCUAUCAAAGAUGAAUGUGAUAAAGAUCUAGCCGAGGCCAUUCCAAUCCUUGAGAGUGCAUUAGCAGCAUUGAAUACCUUGACACCAGCUGACAUUACUGUCGUCAAGACGAUGAAGAGUCCUCCAGCUGGAGUCAAAUUGGUCAUGGAAGCCAUUUGUAUCUUAAAGGGGAUCAAACCCGACAGAAUUCCUGAUCCUUCAGGCUCCGGUAAGAAGAUCGAAGAUUUUUGGGGCCCAUCCAAACGUGUGCUCGGUGAUAUGAAAUUCCUGCAAUCAUUGCAGACAUUCGACAAGGACAAUAUCCCUGCGGCUUACAUCAAGCAAAUCCGUGCCAAGUACACGUCAAAUCCCGAAUUCGACCCAGACAAAAUCAAAACCGCUUCCACGGCUGCUGAGGGUCUGUGCCGAUGGGUAAUCGCUAUGGAUUCCUACGAAAGAGUGGCCAGGGUCGUUGCACCAAAAAAGAUCGCUCUAAAGGCAGCUGAAGAUGAUCUAGCAAUCGCUAUGGAGGGUCUUAACAAAAAACGCGCUGCGUUAAAAGAAGUACAAGACAAGCUAGCAAGACUACAAGAAAAAUAUGAGGCAAAUGUCAAGAAAAAAGCAGAUCUUGAAAAACAGGUUGAUCUCUGUACAAAGAAGUUAGACAGAGCAGAAAAGCUGAUUGGUGGACUUGGUGGCGAGAAAACAAGGUGGACUGAAGUCUCUAACGCGUUGAGUAUUAAGUUCCAUAACUUGAUUGGUGAUGUGUUGGUGUCAUCAGGGGUUGUUGCCUACCUUGGUGCCUUUACUGCUGCCUUUAGACAGGAACAAUCAGAAAGGUGGCUGAAGGAGUGUAAGGAGACCAAUAUCCCAUGCUCUGAGGAUUUCUCAGUAACAUCUACACUUGGUGAUCCUGUGCAAAUACGCGACUGGAACAUCUGUGGUUUACCUACAGACAGUUUUUCCAUAGAGAAUGGAAUCAUUAUCAGCAAUGCUAACCGCUGGCCUCUAAUGAUCGAUCCACAAGGGCAAGCCAAUAAAUGGAUUAAAAAUAUGGAAAAGAAAAAUAACCUUCACGUCAUCAAACUCACCGACGCUGAUUACGUCAGAACUUUAGAAAACUGCAUCCAGUUUGGAACCCCGGUUCUUUUAGAGAACGUUGGCGAAGAGCUUGACCCACUGUUGGAACCGUUAUUAUUAAAACAGACUUUUAAGCAAGGUGGUAGUAUUUGCAUCAAAGUUGGAGAUAGUGUGAUCGAAUACUCGAAAGAUUUUAGGUUUUAUAUCACCACCAAACUAAGAAAUCCUCACUACCUCCCUGAAACAGCAGUUAAGGUCACUCUGCUUAACUUCAUGAUCACUCCAGAGGGUCUACAAGAUCAAUUGUUAGGAAUUGUUGUAGCUCGAGAAAGACCGGAGCUGGAAGAAGAGAAGAACGCUCUUAUCAUACAAAGUGCUGAAAAUAAAAGGCAACUGAAGGAAAUUGAGGACAAAAUCCUUGAAGUGUUGUCUUCUUCAGAGGGAAACAUUCUAGAGGACGAGACGGCAAUCAAUGUACUGUCGUCUUCCAAAGUAUUGGCUAAUGAGAUUUCUGAGAAACAGGCUAUUGCUGAGGAAACUGAAAUAAAGAUCGAUACAACUCGUAUGGGAUACAAACCAAUUGCCAUCCAUUCUUCCAUUCUGUUCUUUUCCAUUGCUGAUUUGGCUAACAUUGAACCGAUGUACCAGUAUUCACUCACGUGGUUUAUCAACCUCUUUAUCAUGUCCAUCGAUAACUCAGAGAAAUCAGACGACUUGAAUACCAGAUUGGAUAAUCUAAGAAGCCACUUCACGUAUUCUUUGUACUGUAAUGUGUGCAGAUCGCUUUUUGAGAAAGACAAGCUUCUUUUCUCGUUCAUCCUCUGUGUGAACAUCUUGAUGCACGACCACGAGGUUUGUAGCGAUGAAUGGCGCUUCCUGUUGACUGGUGGAGUAGGACUGGACAACCCACAUGAUAACCCUGCCACGUGGUUACCAAGCAGAUCAUGGGAUGAGAUAUGUCGACUUGAAGAUCUACCCAAAUUCAAAGGCUUUCGACAAAAGUUCCCUAGAAGCAUAGAAGGAUGGAAGAAGAUAUACGACAGUAAUGAACCACACCACGAGCCACUGCCAGGAGAAUGGGAGGAAAAGUUUCACGAGUUUCAGAAAAUGGUUUUGAUUCGUUGCUUGCGACCAGAUAAGAUUACACCUUGUGUUCAAGACUUCGUGACACUAAAACUGGGCAAGAAAUACGUUGAACCGCCUCCAUUUGAUCUUGCCAAAGCCUUUGGCGACUCAAAUUCGUGUGCUCCACUUAUCUUUGUGUUGUCGCCAGGAUCCGAUCCAACGGCUGCUUUGCUGAAGUUCGCUGAUGAUCAGGGUUUUGGUGGACCUAAGCUGAGUUCCUUGUCACUUGGUCAAGGUCAAGGUCCUAUCGCAUUGCGCAUGAUUGAAAAGGCUGUAAAGGACGGUACAUGGGUUGUAUUGCAGAACUGCCAUCUGGCAACGUCCUGGAUGACCACACUAGAAAAACUUUGCGAGGACUUAAACCCUGAUACGACUCACCCUGAUUUCCGCCUGUGGUUAACAAGUUACCCUUCACCGAAUUUCCCCGUCACAGUACUGCAAAAUGGUGUGAAAAUGACCAAUGAGCCACCGAAGGGAAUAAAAGCGAACUUAACAAGAUCGUACCUGGGUGAUCCAAUAUCGGAUCCUGAGUUCUUUACAAGUUGCAAGAAACCGGUUGAGUUCAAAAAGCUAUUGCAGGGUUUAUGUUUCUUCCAUGCUUUGGUUCAAGAGAGACGUAAGUUUGGUCCUCUUGGAUGGAACAUUCCUUAUGAGUUCAACGAGACAGACUUGCGUAUUAGCGUGCGACAGCUCCACAUGUUCUUAAAUAAAUACGAUGAUGUCCAAUACGAUGCUUUGAAGUAUCUUACCGGAGAAUGUAACUAUGGUGGUCGUGUUACAGACGACCGUGACAGACGUACACUUCUAACCAUCCUAAAUAAGUUCUACUCUCCCAACCUUAUCUCUGAAGAAAACCAUAAAUUCUCACCAAGUGGAAACUAUGUAUCAGCACCAACCGGAGAAUAUGAAUCUUACCUUGAAUAUGCCAAGAAAUUACCCAUCAAUGAUCACCCUGAGAUAUUUGGUAUGCAUGCUAAUGCAGACAUAACCAAGGACCAACAAGAAACCACAUUGUUGUUCAACAACAUCUUGUUGACACUGUCCCGAGCUUCGUCUGGAGGUGGAAAGUCAGACGACGAAACGGUGUCUGGCGUGGCUGAUGAUAUUUUGAGUAAGAUGCCUAAUGUAUUUGACACCGAAGCGGCGUUAAGAAAGUAUCCCACUACCUACACCCAGAGCAUGAAUACUGUGUUGGUACAGGAGAUGGUUCGCUUCAACCGACUGGUUGAAGUUGUGAGAUCAAGUCUUGUUAAUAUCCAGAAAGCUAUUAAGGGUCUGGUGGUCAUGUCUUCAGAGCUGGAGGAGGUAUUCAAUAGCAUACUUAAGGGGAAAAUCCCAGCAUUAUGGAUGAAGAAGUCAUAUCCAUCGCUAAAACCCUUGGGAAGCUAUGUCAAUGAUUUGAUUGCUAGAUUGAAGUUCCUUCAAGACUGGUACGAUAAUGGUGCCCCAUCAGUGUUCUGGUUAUCGGGCUUCUUCUUUACGCAAGCUUUCUUGACUGGUUCCAAACAGAAUUUCGCUCGUAAAUACACCAUUCCUAUUGAUUUACUUACCUUUGACUUUGAUGUAUUGGAAGACAAAAAAUACGACACUCCGCCUGAAGAUGGCGUUUAUGUCGAUGGUAUAUUCAUUGAGGGAGCAAGAUGGGACAGAAAGACAAACAAUAUAGGUGAAUCACAUCCCAAGAUACUGUUCGACACCCUUCCUGUUAUGUGGCUUCGUCCUUGUAAGAAAGAAGACAUCAAAAAUCGUCCACACUAUGUUGCACCCAUGUAUAAGACAAGUGAGAGAAGAGGAACACUCUCUACCACUGGACACUCUACAAACUUUGUCAUGGAAAUACGCCUGCCAUCGGACCAACCACAAGAACACUGGAUAAUGCGUGGUGUAGCUUUGCUCUGUCAAUUAGAUGAUUGAGUCUCCAAUCAAGGCUUCAAAUAAAUAUUUGUGUGUGGUAACGUGUAAAUAUCGGUAUUGUUCAUGUCAUGAAUUAGAUCAGCUUGACUGUAUUUAACUUUUCUGUAAAUAAAAUGUGUUUUUCUUA